UUCACCUCCUUGGGACAGAGAAAUUGGUAAGCAGCUCCAAGUUCAGUACAGAAGGAGAUGUUUUGUCUUCUUUUUGACUUAUUGUGUUUUAUGGGAAUUUUUUUUUUUAAACCUGGUGUUCCACGUGGAGACUGUAGAGACAGAAAACUGAUGUACCAAUCACUGGUAUGUAAGAGGUUUUGCGUUAUCUCUUUAGUAAACUCUGGACCUGGUGUGCAGUCUGAAUACUCAAAAUAACCACCUGCAGUCGAGAAAAGGAGUCCUGAUGCUUUCUUUGUUAAGGUCAUAGGUUGCCUUGCUGGGAACAGCUGUACUGAAACAUAAAGGGCUGUAAGGCCCUUGCUUAACAUCCCUUCCUACUGACCUCUAGUUCACCAAAUAUUGCAGCAAGCAGUGGCUUCAUACGUUGGUCCUUAUGGCUUUUUUUUGUGUCUACACUUUGUGACUGCUGAGGCUGUUAAAUGAUGGUUGGAGCUUAGUUUGCAGGCGGUCAUUGCAGUUAUAUUGAUGCUGGUCCAAGAUCCAUUGAUACGUGCUGAUAAGGUUUCCUUGGUAAGAUCAUUUCUUGAAUUGUCACUCUUUGAUAGUUUGGUUUGACAAUAAUCUCCUUGCACAACACACAGUCCAGUAAAUCAGCUUUCUUCAGCUGAACGUCUUUCUGAUAUAAAGCCAUAUACGGGUUGCAUUUUUCUCUGUAGAAUCUCCCUCAGCACAGUAUUGUCAGUUGUAGACUGUGCCAUUUCCUCAGCAAUUUUUCUGCUUCUGUCUAUUCCUAAAGAUUAGUCUUGGGUUGUUUACAAAUGUACAGAAAAUCAAAGUGGAGGCACUGUUUAUUUCCUUGAUAUUAGCUGUUAGCCAUGUGAAUGUGACUGAUUACACCGAAUAAACUACUUUGAGAAAACAGUAAAACAACAAAAGGUAGAGGGCCAGAUUUUUUUUUCUCUAAAAACACAGUCCUAUAUGCUCAUGUGCCCUAUAUCAGGUGCUCCAAAUUAAAAAUUUUAUUUAGGAGAGGUAACUUUUGCAUCCUGAAAUUAAGAUACUGUUUUCAUUUUAGCAUGUUCUAAAAUAAAGCUUUGUCCAAAAUAAGAAAAUGAGGAAUCUCUGUAGAGAGGUUAUCCUGAACCAAAAGCUGGUUUUGAACACGUGACAUGUGAACUGCUGUGUGGCUGACCUUGAAUACAAAAAUGUUAUAGUCAGUAAUGAAUAAAAUCAGAAUUCUGUUCUCAAACUUUGAACUUCAUGACAAAACCUUUACCUUCUUUCUCCCCAUUACUGAUGAUUUUUGGUCAUUUUAAGUGUUUGCUCUGUAGGACUUAAAUAAAUUUCUGUUGGUUAUAAACCUACAAGAAGGGAGGAACACCUAGCAGUAAAAGGAGAGAGUACUGUUUCUAUUACUUUAAGUUUUGUUUCUACAUUGUAAAGAAUGAUCAGGAAAUUUCACAUAUGGUAUGUUUCAAAAAAGCUGCAACAAAGUUAUUUUAAUAAGAAAAAUUAAUGCAUGAAUUAUUUAAAAUAGUUGGUGCAACUGUUCCUGUUAACUAAUCCAGGCACUUGGAAGGCAAUUACACUGAGCUUUGACAAUAUUGCCAACCCACUGCACAGUGCCUUAUGCCAAAAGCUAUUGUUGUUUUAUUGACCACGUUCACCAUUACAUAUGCAUAUGAAAAAACAGAGGCAUUUUCGUCGGGAUUACCCUAAUAGCAUUAAGAGAUUAUUUUUUAAAUUUCCUUGGAAGGAAAUUCACUUAAAUGAGAUUACUUAUUACUUGACUGGUUUCCUAUCAUGCUGCUAUGUUUAGGUAAGUGGAGUCCAUUAGAGUAUAAAGUUUUUAAAAAACCUGAUUUUAUACAUUAAUGGUUUCAAAUAAAAGAGAAGUACUGUAUUUGUGCACAGCUUCUUUUGAGAAAGUUAAGUCGAUGUUCUGGUUAGGAGAGAUAACACUUUUUGUCCCUCUUGGUGGCCCCCCUAGUGUCACCAUUAGUUCCUAAUUACUUGCAAACAAAUAAACAAUUAACUCCUCGUGCCUCUUGGUGGGAGAGUUUUCAUUGACAUGCUAAAACUUUCUAAUAAAAGAUUUUAAUUAAUGACGUUGCAAAUCCAACCCCCUUGUCAGCAUAGCUAUAAGGAGGACUUGCAGAGAAAUGCAAGUACAGUACACAUGCUAUGCUGGCUGAUGGUGAAAGCAUGGCAAGUACAUCGCUAUGUGCCACUAAUACAUCAGCAUCUCAGAAUCUUCGGAAAGCGUCUGGUUUUGUAGAAAAUAAAAGCACACAGUGCUCAUUUUCCAUUGAAAGUAUUUUGGGACCGGAGCAGAAAAAAGAUGGCAUUCCAGCUGUGAAACCUCACCGACCAUGGAUGGAUGCAUGCACCAACUUGGUUUUAGGUGAUGAAAGUAAUCCUCAUCUGCAAAUCCCUGUUGUUUGCUAUGAAAAUCCAUUAUUUCAUGCUAACAGUAAUCCAGGUCAAGAGGAAAAAGUUUUGAAAUGUGAAAAAUAUUUUUCAGUCACAGAAAGGUUAUCCUUCAAACGAGAAUUGAGCUGGUACAGGGGCAGGAGACCAAGAACUGCAUUCACUAGAAACCAGAUUGAAGUCUUGGAAGACGUUUUUAAAAUGAACUCCUACCCUGGCAUUGAUGUUAGAGAAGAGCUAGCUCGCAAAUUAGAUUUAGAUGAAGACAGGAUCCAGAUCUGGUUCCAGAACCGUCGUGCAAAGCUGAAAAGAUCCCAUCGAGAAUCUCAGUUUCUAAUGGUGAAAAAUACUUUCACCUCCAGCCUGCUAGAGUAGAAGGAAGGAUAUUUUUCUCUUGUGGUACUACAAUAGAACAUGAAGAAUUACUGGAAUUUUCACAACUUGUAUUAAGUAACUAUGAUAUAUUAAUUAUUA